GAUGACGAGUACACUUCUCAGCUGUUUGGGGGAUGUGAAAGUUAAGUAGGCCGUCAAAGAUGACCAGAAAAUUGUCUAAAGAGGAAAUCAAGGACAAACUAGAUGGAGAGGAACUAGACUUGAGUCUGUGCAAUUUGGCAAAAGUACCAAUACGAGAAAUGGCCUCCCUGCCGAGAGCGACGAUUGUGGAUUUAUCCUGUAACCAUUUGACUACACUCCCGGAGGCAUUUUGCACCUUACAACACUUGGUACAGCUGGACUUAAGCAAGAAUGCUCUCACAGAACUUCCAAAGGACUUUGGUAAUCUUAGCCAGCUGAAGCGACUUGAUCUCUAUAGUAAUCAGCUAAGCUCCUUGCCAGUGAGUUGUGUAAGCCUUAGGGAGCUGAGAUGGCUGGACUUGAAGAAUAAUCCUAUGCAGACAUUAUUUCCAGAAAUCAUUGGAAAUUGUUUGAAGGAAGAAGAAUGUAGACAAUGUGCUAUAAAUGUGCUGGCAUAUCUUAAAGUGUUAGCUGCUAAUGAAGAACAAGAGAAUCAAGCAAGGCUAUUAUUAGAGAGAGAGCAAAAAGCACUCGAGAAAGAGAAAGAGCAAGAGCAAAAACAACUAAGAAAGAGGCAAAAACUACAGGAAAAACAACUGAAAAGAGAAGCAUAUGAAGCCAUGGAAAGACAGAAAAAAUUGAUGGCAGAAGAAACUGACAAGGCUCUGAAAGCUCAAGAGGAAUUCAUGGAAACCAGACCUGUUAAACCAGAGGCUCCAAUGCAAGAGGAAGACGGAGGGUUGAUUGGACUGUUAUUGAUUUGCUCGUUACUCAAUCUUGGCGUGGCCAUGGCCAUUGUUAUCUUCUGUCAUCAUGAUGCCACUUGCCAUGAACUUUUAUCAUCGUUAUCAUCUUGACGACACUUUAUUGUGUUAGAAUAGUUUAACUAUAAUGAAAAAUAAUUACAAUUUGGUCAGAAAGGUCAGAGUCAGAUCUGAAAUACUGUGCUUUUCGAUGACUUGCAAACUAUGGAGUUGAAGAUUGAUUGUAUCUAAGUUUGAAAAAAUGCAUUUUAGGAUAUCGUCAGUCAUGUUAACCAUUCUCUCGUGAAACAAGUGCAUUGUGCUAAAUGGUACAGAAUUGAGAUUUUCUUGACUUAGAAUACUGAAACACAGGAAUGAUAAUAGAAAUGAUGCAGUUCUAAUGCAAUACAUAUUUUCAAAUAUGUUUGAAAGGUGGUGACUGUUGGAACAAAUUUCGAAGAAGUGUCGUUCACACCGGCUGAUGAGAACACGGGAAAGCAGAGCUGUUUUAAAUUAACUUGUAAGUGAUUGGGGCGUGCAUUGGUCUCCUGGGCUUUGAUUGGUCUAGAACACUCACCCCAUCCUUUUAGCCAAUCAGGUGAAAAACUAAAAACCAAUCGCGACUUGGUCACGCGCAUUUUCCUGCGCUUUAGGCAAUUUCUUUCCUUGGCUCCACGAAAUUGUUUCCUUUGUUUUGAUUGGUUGCUGUGAUUCUCCGGCUUCCAGUCGGAAUUACACCCUAUCACAAGCAGCCAAUGAGAACUUAAAGAAAACAGGAAACUGCCCGGCUGGAAUGUGGGAAAUUCUAAGGGACGAAGUCGGGCCUGGUUUCAGUUUUGCGUACGGCGCGAGUCUUUAGUCUAGUUGCUAGGCGAAUAUCUUUCGGCAGGAUUUAAAAUUGCUUCCGUGUUGUGCUCGUAAACACCGACAGCGUGGCAUGGGCUAAAACUGGAUGAAUCAGUUCUGACAAGCUGUGUGGGAUGUUUUCUUUAACCUGCGAAAUAAGAUGAUUUCAAAAUUAAAGUUGAAGGUGUAAUGACUGUUCCACCCGAAUCUGGUAUGAAUCUAACAGAGGGACUCGAUUGAGUUAGUCGUAAAAAAGCUAAGGUUAACUGUCAUCUUUCAACUGCAAAUGAAAGAAAUCAACCGUUAGCCGUAAAAUGGUCAAAAUUUUGACUGUCAGCCGUGGAAAUCUUCGCUCCAUUGAGACCCCCUUAACAGGGCUAAUUACGAUUUGUUUAUCAUACCAACAGUUUCGGGAAAAAAAAAAAAAA